GGAGUAUUGCCUAAGGAGAGUCACACACUGCUGUCCAUGAAACAACCAUCUCUACUGCAUGAAAUGAGGAACCUGUUUGACCCCCCCUCAUCAGACAAUGCCAGGCGGCGAGCGUAGCUGUGGAGUACAUGAACUCAUCUGCAUCAGAAAAGUGUCUCCUGAAGCUCUGGGCUUCCUGUCCGCCAUCGCUGUUUUUAUUUUUCUUAUGAUCAUCAUUUUUCUCUUUCUCAAUAACAAACUAUCCAUUGAGAACGUCGCUCCACAACCACUCGACCACUACAGGAAGAGCAAGGACCUGCCAGAUAAAAGCUAUGGAGAGGCAGAUUUUCAGGCCUGGUCAUCAGACAGUGAUGAUGAGGUGAUGGGUCAGUAUCAGGAAGCCAUGACACGCUCGCGGGGCCUCCGGGGUCAAUGCGCAGGGGCAGAAGCCCCUCAUCACAAAAGUUUUAGUUGGAAGUCUCAGACGAAAUACUGCCCCCUGUCGUCUGAGUAUGAUGGCUACAGCAGUGAAGCCUCAGCUGAAGACGUAAACUGCAUUCAGAGGAUGAGGUUGACUCCGCCCCUUGACGAGCUGCAGCCGCCGCCCUAUCAAGAUGAGGACGGCUCUGCCUCUGAACUAGCCGACAACAAAAGUGAAGCUCAUGAGCCUGAGAGUUUCAGCAACACCAAGGCCCUCGAGGAGGACGUCCCUAGUGACAGCACAGCCGUACUCAGUCCUGAGGAUCUUUCAGUACGUGGUUCCUCCUCUCCUCUCCUUAAGCUUUACUCCCCCGACUCGCCCUUCUCACCUUUCGGGACGCUGCACGUCAUUUUCGACUACGACUCCCACCAGCGCUGCCUUUCUGUCACUGUCACUGCAGUGACCGAUCUCCCAUCACCUCGCCGGACCCCAGGUCUGGCCUGGCAGCUGCACCUGGUUCUCCUUCCCGCCAAAAAACAGCGUGCCAAGACGGGCAUUUCCAGAGGGCGGAACCUCAGUGAGACUUUCCGUUUCAGCCACGUCCUGUCAGAGAGCAUUGGGAACUAUUCUGUAAGGUUCCGCCUCUACAGCUUCAGCAAAGUGAAAAAAGAGAGUAAACUGCUGGGAGAGAAAAUCUUCUACCUCACUAAACUCAACCUGCAGGGCAAAAUGGCUGUUCCCGUCCCACUGGAGCCUUGCUGCAGUGCUGCGGCCAGUGAAUCACAGUUGAGUGCAUCUGCUGCAUCCUGCAGUGAGACGGCCUCCACCUUCCAGUCUGCAGCUCAGAGAACCUCACCAGAGAUUCUGCUAGGCCUUGUUUACAACGCCACCACGGGUCGUCUCUCUGUGGAAGUAAUCAAGGGUUGUCACUUUAAAAACAUCGCCACCAACAAACCACCCAACACGUAUGUGAAGCUGACCCUGCUGAACUCGAUGGGUCAGGAGAUGUCCAAGUGUAAGACGUCUCUGUGCCGCGGCCAGCCCAACCCUAUCUACAGGGAGACGUUCGUGUUCCAGGUGGCGCUGUUCCAGCUUUCGGACGUCACGCUCAUCCUCUCUGUCUACAACAAGCGCAGCAUCAAGCGAAAGGAGAUGAUUGGCUGGAUCUCGCUGGGCCUGAACAGCUCCGGGGAGGAGGAGCUCACUCACUGGACUCAGAUGAAGGAGUCGAAAGGACAGCAGGUGUGUCGAUGGCACAGUCUACUAGAGUCCUAACCACACCCUGUGUACAAAGAGGGGCAAAGUGAUGAAAUCAUCAAGCCAGGAGCUCAAGUGAGUCGUGCAGGAUGGGUAACGAUGAAGAGGAACGAUGUGAAGAAAUGUGAAGGACUCAAAGUAAUGAUGAUGAGGAGCAAACAAAAAUCAUCCUCAAAUCACAGAGCAGGUGAAGCGGUGUCGAUGGAAUGACAUGAUGAUGAGAAGAAAAGAAUGACAGUAAAGGAAUCAGACAGACAAAAUGAGCAAUGCAUUAAGGGAAAUACCUCCCAGUAACCCCAGGCUGAUGAUCACCAAAAGAAGUGUUGGAGAAAAGACUUGACAGGCAUGAUAAUGAUGGUGAGGGGGAAGAUAAAAAGGGAAAUAAACCAAUGGAGAUCAAGGAGAUCAUCACAGCAAUGCAUUGUGGGGAAAAUCAAUAGCACAGACACGUAGACCCUAAUUUAUAAAGAUCUCAAA